AUGACGUCGUGGGCGGUAGCUCAUCCCGAGGUGGUAUUUGUGUCUUUCAACUACCGGCUCAACAUUUACGGCUAUGCAAACUCUCCCGCCAUUUCCAAAGCGGAUACGAAUGCCGGCCUUCGAGACCAACGCACGGCUGUGGAAUGGGUCGUCGCGAACAUCAUAGCGUUUGGAGGAGACCCGACUCAGAUCACGCUUGGAGGUCAAUCCGCCGGUUCGGGUAGUAUUGGAACGUACAUCUACGCAUAUGCGUCACGUCCUCUCAUUAGAGGCGCUAUUCUCAUGAGCGGCCAGGCAGCAACGACGCUCACCCCUCCUCCCAUCCCGAUUCCUGGCGUCCCCGCCGCUGGCUCCAAUCCGUUCCCAGACGUUGCAAUCGCACUCGGAUGUCCUCUUCAAGGAGACAAAUACAAAGCACAACUCGACUGUGUCCGUACAAAGAGUGCGGAGCAGCUCAUGGACGCACUCAACUUUACCAACACGCUCGGCGUCUCUCCAUUUGUCGAUAAUACGACGGUGUUCACAAAGGCCGAGUACAAAUCUAGGGGGCGUGCAGGAAACUUUGCGCGAAUCCCAUUGCUGACAGGCACCACUGAUAAAGAAGGUGACAUCUUUGUCUUGGACAGGACAACAAACACCCUCAACGAAACUCUUUCGGAUCUAUUGACGUUGUCCGUCUUUAGGUGCUAUGAUAGCCAGCAAUCCAAGUACUCGUCGUCACUGACCUCGGUCUAUCGAUAUAGAUACAUGGCCAUCUUCCCUGCCCUAUCUCCACCGCCUCUUCGCGCCUGGCAUACGUCGGAUCAGAUCGUUCUCUUUGAUGUCUUUCCAGGUCUCGCUCCAGCAGCGACCCAAUAUCUACAAAAGGCUUGGACCGCAUUCAUUGUCAACCCCAGCAACGGCCUGCUGUCACUUGGCUGGAAGAAGUAUCAAGGCCCUGGAAGUAAUACCCUCGUCGACGUAUUAAAGAACAGCACCGAUUUACAGCACCCAAUCGACCUGGAAGAUCCGACGUCUUUCGACUCUGGAUGUGCGGCAUUAGGCCUUGGAUUAUAG